UUUAAUAUUCGUUUUUGUAUAUUAUUGAACCACAACCGGAGACAACCACAUCAUUUCAAGCUUCAAAAGUUCAAGAACCGUAAAAAGUUGUUCAAUAAGAGUAUAUUAUAAUAUGUUUAAACAUGAAUUUUAUCCUAUCGCAACGCUUAUUGCAGUCCUUAAUAUUUUCUGUACCAAGGUAAUUGGUCAUGGAAUGCUUUUAGAUCCUGUUAGUCGUUCAUCUAGGUGGCGAUAUGAUGAAUCAGCCCCGAAAAAUUACGAAGAUAACAUGCUCAAUUGUGGAGGAGCCGAUGUAAUGUGGGGUACUAAUGCUGGUGAAUGUGGAUUGUGUGGAGAUGAUUACAGUUUACCAACACCUCGUCCCAAUGAACUGGGUGGAACCUUUGGAGAGGGAGUAAUUACCAAACAGUACGUUAAUGAAUACCAGGUCGAAUUGGGCAUACAAGUCAUCGUAAACCACAUGGGUUUCUUCUACUUCGAUAUUUGCAACUUGGACGAGUUUCAUGAAGAAUCUGAGGAUUGUUUUAAGGAAAAUCCCAUUCUAUUGGCUGAUGGCAGUGAUAAGUUUUAUAUUGAUGAAACGGUCGGAUGGUUAAAUGCAACAGUAAUUUUUCCUCCAGAAUUAAAUUGUAUGCACUGUGUUUUGAGAUGGAACUAUGAAGCAGGAGAUAAUUGUGAAGAUGGCAGUCUUGGUUUGGGUUGUGGACCGCAUCAGGAGAACUAUAAAGGUUGUUCUGAUAUAAGUAUAUUGACGCCAAGUUCACGACAUGUAAAUGUGGGAUUGAACCUUUCGUUUACACUUUUAAAUCAUGAGACAAAUAUUAACAAUGCAGCACCACUUAUAAAUAACCAUGGUGUAAAACAGGUUGAGCCUGCUGAUGAACUAACUGAGCCUGAGACUGAGCUUGAGGAUUAGACUUACAUGUUAGAUUCAUAUGUGUGUUUUAAAAAUGUACAUAUUAUAAGUACAUACUUAUGUAUAUUUGUAUUAUGUGAUAACCAUUUAUGUUUAAUAAACGAGUUCAAAAAUUGAAA